AUGAUCGCUGACUGCUGGCUGGGUGAAGAACAGUGUGUUGGCUCGUUUGAGCUAUGUGUUGCUGACUGUGAUGCAUAUGCUGAUUGGUCAGAUCGAAAGGGAUUUUCAGCUUUAAAAGACGCUUACCCAGGGCAAGACUGGAAUGAGGGUGUUUUCACAAGACUAAAACUGUACAUUUGCAGUUUUCUUUUAUUAGGUGUGAAAUCUAAGAAUCCCCUGCCAACUCUUGAGGGCUCAAUCCAGAAUGUUGAAUUGAAGUACUGCGGCACAUCAUUGGUCAAAUGCGCCUCUGGGACCGUGGGAUCAAUAAAAAUUUGUGCCAAAGCCCCAGGUGAUGGUGGAAAAGAGAAGCUGAUUCCUUUAAUUCAAGGCCCUUCUGACACCAGAGACUUACACAGCAGUAAAUGGCUCAAUGAGAGUAGAAAGCCAGAAUCUCUCUUAGCUCCAGAUUUGGUAGCCUUUACAAUCCAAAUUCCACAGUAUAUGGACUACUGCCAUAAUUCUGGUGCAGUACUCUUGUCCAGUGUACAAGGAUUAGCAAUUAAUGUUGAUCCAGUCCUGUAUACUUGGCUUAUGUACCAACCUCAGAAACGAGCUUGUAGACACAUUCAGCAGGUAUGUAUUUUUGGAGGGAAAGAA